CAUCGUUCUGUGCAUCUAGUUUGCAUGACUUGUUGGCAUCCUGGAGUGCUCCUUGCCUUUCCUAUCGUUCCUUGGCAUCCUCAUCUUAAAGCCUAUGUGUGAGUGAGUAACGCGCACGCGUUUCCAACGUGGUCGUUCGCUUGCUCUUCCACCGUAAGCUUCGCGAAACGGUUCUCUCAGUGAGGGUUGCUUCCCCUAUAUUUUUAGCAGAGAGUACAACAAACCAAAACAUGGGACGGAAGCUCUUUGGGGAAGCGUUUGUUGAUUUUUUUUCCCUAGCUUGCAUCGCCAAUGCGUGCGCCGGGAACCGUGUGGAAGCCUGCCCGCGACUCAUGGAGAGCCGAGAAGUUCUGCGCUAGUCGUGGGAUCCCCAACAGAGAGCGUUCUCUUUCAGUUGAGAUCAUAACCGGGAACCAAGCGGAACGCAUAACGUGCGUUCGUGGCUCUAUCCACUGUUUGGCCGUCCAAAUUCGCCUCAAGCUGUCAGAAAAGCUUUUGUUCGAGCAGACACCAAAUCUUUGCAAUCGAAAAAAGGCCCACAAGAUUGAGGUCCUGUACAAAUCAGUAACGCAAUGAAAUGUGCUGGUGUUAGUGAGUGAAACAUUGCUGUUCCUAUAAGCAAAAAGGUGAAGAUGUGGAAAAGAGCAUGCAGUAAACAAGCAUCCGAAACAGCAGGCAGAACGCUGCUUUAGUGAUCAUUGAUGAGUUCUCCAUCAGAUUUGGAUUUGACCAUCUCAACGAAAACAAACCAGGAAAAAGACUCCUUUGCUUCACGACCACCAUUCAGUUCCAGCCGUCAUCAGUUGACAACUUAAAUCAAUUUGCUGCUCUAAGGACAUCAUUCUGCCAGAACGAAUAGGCAUGCUUAAAGGCUCGAGGAGCUCAAAAAUGACGAACUUAAGAUAAAAAAGGCGAAACGAAAACCAGCAACAAAACAAAACUUGCCUGCGGAAGUCGAACAAACCACUUCAACGUAGCCUCACACCCGGUGAAAACUUCACCCGGAAAAGUAGAACGAACAAAGAGGAAAGAAUUUGCAAUUAUUAAAAAGGAAAAAGAGAACGUGCAACACCUUUUUACCGCGGAAAGGGACUAACCAGCCUACGACGUCAUCGAACACCAGCACGGUCGGAGUACAUUUCCAGUGUGUUGGAGUUGCAAAGAAAAAUGUGUCCCAGCAUAACGAAUCCUUCAUCGCUCUGGCCCAUCCUAUUUGGCGCUUCGUCAGUGGUGCUUCCGAACGGUGUGACUGACUCGCGUUCCGUGCAACAGUGCCAGCCAAACCAGUCGUUUUGCAGUUAGUCGGUGCGAUGGUGUGCGAGCUCAUCGAUUCCUUCCUCUAGGCCUUUUCUUCCCCACGCUUUAACACGUUCUUUAUCCACUCGGAAGGGCGUGAAGCGCAAACAGAAAGGACUCCUUCACCGACUUAAGCUUUCGAGGUUGAGUUAUUUAGAUCCCUGGUGGCUCGUUUUUCCUGGCCCACAGUUUUACCACACACACGCACACACGCUCACACGCUCACACCCACACUACACUAUGCGUAAACGAUGCGUGCUGAAUGAAGUGUGUCCGUACUCGGGCAGGAAAACGUAGGUGAAUGUCGUGAAAAGGACUUGAAGACGCUCGGCGUUAGCUUAACACACGUUAGCCACAAGAACAACUCGCGUUUUCCCGCUCCAGCUGCUUGGUAUUUGUGUGCGUAUGUCUGUGCGCAUUUGCAUACAGAACGAAACAACGUUCAAGUGACCAAAUCUCUGCGCGCGUAAACACAAUGCAAACAGUGCUCAAAACGCUGCAUCCAAAGUACGCGAUCGUCAGGCACGUGGAAUAGGGGACAUGGGACAGCUGACAAAGUAGCCUCGGGCACGGUGGUUAAGGACCGCGACGAAAGAUAAAACUCAUCGAAAAGAUAAGAGUGUUCGCCCACAUCUGGUCAGCCGCCCGUUUAUCAGCCACAAAGGAAAGAUAAGUAGAGCUCAACGUCAUCGUUUCUUCAGGUACAAGCAGUAGAAUGGCGGCAACAGCAUGCUCCACAGCGGCCACACCAGGGGGAGGAAGCAGCAGUCUCGGUGGUGGUGGAGGCGGUGGAAUGGCGAGCAUCAGCACCGCCGGAGGAAUAGGUGGUAGUGGAGGCGGAAGUAGUAGCAGUGGAAGCAAACGUUCUCGACUGAAUUUAGAAUCCAAAUGCUCCUCGUUGCGGAAACACUUGAGUAAGUCAGCUUCGGAGCUCAGCUGUAACGACUGUGGCAGUUACGGCGAUUCUCCGCAGUCUUCGCCACAGCGAGCCCGUUCGGCAAACGUUCCCACCAUACCGACCGGAGUUAUACAACGAACGCACGGAUUUUUUAACACACUAAGGCAUCGAUGGUCACGAGGACGCAGUAAGGAACGACUGCGAGGGUCGCUCGGUCAGGAGCUCGAGGGUCGUCGUGACAGCCAAAGCGAUUACGCAGCCGACAACAGUUCAGCAGAGCAUAGCAGCUCGGCUACACCUCACCAAUCGCCUCGCCAUCGAGCUCAGACACUCGGAGACUCGCCGCUAGCCAAAGGAGUCGACAGGAAUGCAACGAUGAGUGGUACGGGAGGGGUGGGUUCGAUUAGUGAGGGUGUGUCUUCGUCCGGGGUCGCCAGCGUACUCAAGGUGCUCACAACGAAGGUGGACGUGGAGGCGACACCAGGACCUAGCGGACUGAGCCAUUCGACGAUUGGCGGAUUGCCCAAAGUUUCGGAAAUUCCUGGACCAAGUGGGACGUCUGGUUUGAGUCCUGCAGACGAGCAACAACGAAGGAGAGAAGCACAGCUAAGACAACACUCCUUCUUCCAGCUUCGAGUACAUCUAAUAAGUGGCCAUGGACUCGUGGCAAUGGAUAAAAGCGGAACGAGUGAUCCUUACGUCAAAUUUAAAGUUGGAGGACGUUUGUUGUACAAAUCGAAGACAGUUCACAAAGACCUAAAUCCUACGUGGGACGAAACGUUUGUCGUGCCAGUGGAAGAUCCUUUUCAACCCAUAGUAAUUAAGGUAUUCGAUUAUGACUGGGGGCUGCAGGAUGAUUUCAUGGGUUCAGCCAAACUCUACCUCACCUCGCUGGAGCUGAACCGAGCAGAAGACCUCACGAUCAAGCUCGAGGAUGCUCAACGAGCAUCAAAAGACCUUGGAGAGUUAAAACUAGGCGUCACACUGUGGCCAAAGACACAAGAGGAUAAAGAGCAAUACUUUCAGCGCAACCCGAAGCUGGCCGAUGCGUCACGACGUCUCAAGUCGCAAAUCUGGAGCUCGGUUGUCACUAUCGUGCUGAUCGAAGCAAAAGGACUCCCACCGGAUGCUGAAAACGGGCUCAACGAUAUAUAUGUCCGAUUCAGACUAGGGAACGAGAAAUACAAAUCUAAAGUUGCUUACCGCGCACGCUGGUUAGAGCAAUUCGAUCUGCAUCUUUUCGACGAUGACCAGCUACUAGAAGUCAUAGUAUGUGGGAAGUACAAUACCUACGGCAAAUGUACCAUCGAUCUGCGGAGCUUGCCACGCGAACGUACACACGGAAUAUGGCAACCCCUAGAAGAGUGUACGGGCGAGGUUCAUCUCAUGCUGACAAUCAGUGGGACAACAGCUUCGGAAACCAUCACCGAUCUAACGGCCUAUAAGGAGGAUUCUAAGGAACGUUCUCUCAUUCAAAGCCGAUAUGUGUGGCACAAAUCAUUUCAAAACAUGCGUGACGUUGGCCACCUCACGGUGAAAGUGUUUGGCGCGACGGGUUUGGCAGCGGCGGAUAUUGGUGGUAAAUCGGACCCGUUCGUCGUGUUGGAGCUAAUCAACGCUCGUCUUCAAACGCAAACCGAGUACAAAACGCUCACUCCUAACUGGAACAAAAUCUUCACUUUCAACGUGAAAGACAUGUCCUCGGUGCUGGAAAUCACUGUGUACGACGAGGAUCGCGACCACAAAGUAGAGUUCCUUGGAAAAGUCGUCAUUCCGCUGCUACGAAUACGCAACGGCGAAAAACGCUGGUACGCUCUCAAAGACAAGAAGAUGUACACCCGCGCCAAAGGCACUCAACCUCAGAUUCUGCUGGAAAUGACGGUUAUGUGGAACAAGUUGCGAGCGGCCUUACGAGUGCUCGAACCAAAGGAGGAAAAGCUGGUACAACAGGAAGCCAAGUUCAAGCGACAACUCUUCCUGCGCAAUGUCACCCGACUGAAGGCCGUCAUUAUGUACUUUAUCGAAGUGGGACAGUUCGUGCAGAGCUGCUUCGAGUGGGAAUCGCCGAUACGGUCGUUUAUAGCGCUGGUUUUAUGGGUCUGUGGUUGCAUCUGGUUCGAUAUCUCUACCAUACCGGCCGUCGCUCUGCUAUACCUGCUGAAGAAUUGGUUAAUUCGAUGGCUAACCGGAAGCUCAUCCCAGUCAACGGCGGACGAGUACGACGUAGCCAGCGAUGACGAAGACGAAGAGGAUAAGGAAAAGGAGGAGAAAAAAACAAUCAAAGAACGGUUGCAGGCCAUACAGGAAGUGUCGCAGAGUGUACAAAAUACGAUCGGAUUCCUAGCAUCGCUCGGGGAAAGCGUUAAAAACACAUUCAACUUCUCCGUGCCAGAGCUAAGUUGGUUGACCGCUUUGUUGCUACUAGCUGCUUGCCUUGUUCUACACUACGUUCCCAUAAGGGUGUUGCUGUUGCUUUGGGGUCUGGUAAAGUUCAGCCGAAGGAUCAUCCGACCACACAGUGUACCCAACAACGAGGUGCUAGAUCUUCUAUCUCGAGUUCCCGAUGAUGAGGAAAUUAUCAUGUGGCGAGAGUUACCACUCCACUCGACGCCCGAACUGGCCCGGCGGGAUCCGCGAAAGAAGCAUAAAGUGUCGUAAUGUUACCAAACUACCCUGAAGCGCUACUUUAGGGAUAAUCUCAAAAAGGCUCUACACGUCAGUAGGGUUAAACCGAACGCAAAGGAUGUAUAAAGAGAUCCAAUCUCAUGGUUUUCACGCUUCGCUCACUACUUGUUGCAUCUAACGAAGCAUUAGCAUCUGCACUUGGCUAAGAGUGUGAUAGAUUAGCUCCUAAUACUUCCAUUUUCCAUUGCUAGAGCAAAACCAUUUACCAAACAAGUUUAUCAAACGCUAAACGUACGCUACUUUACCAAACCCUUCCAAAGUUCGUUAUUGGAAGAAAACUCAUUCCAUUUUGCUCUCAAUUUCAUACUCCUCUUUCAAUAUCUGACUCACUCUCUUUCUCGCAUUCUCUCUGUGUCCCUUUCUCGAUAGGUAGAAAGCCUUGUAAUAUCACACUUAACAGUUACAUUAUACUUUCUUCCACAGUAAAAGAAAAAAAUACUGAGCCGUAGAUAUACACAUACCAAAAUAAACCAACAAAGAAAACGAUGCAAUCGACAACAUUAAGAAUAGAUAAGAGGGACAUAAAUACACGCCGAACUAAAAUGUGGAACCAUAUACCUAAGGCUCUCUACCCUGUACAGAAUAUUAUUAAAACCUGUUAAACAUCUUUCUCUACAUCUAAACUAGAAACUGCAGCUGUGAAAGCGUCUCCUCCUGACAAGGCUUCCAAACUUGAUCCUACAUUUUAUUUAUCAUCCACAUUAGGACGGCUAAGCUGUGUAUCUAUCAAUCCCUACAUAGUUCGGCUUCGGACAAAUUACAUUGCGAUUCUUUCUCUAUCGUAGAAGUUCCAAUUCUUCUUUUCUGAAAUCACAUUUCACUGUUCAUCGGCCAAAUCGAUGGGAACCAUUUUCCUCGAUAAAAUCCGUCCAACGUAGAAGAAACUAGGAAAUCUAACAAGCUUUGUGGGGUGACAUCAACCUAACAUACCAACAAUGAGCACUGGUUAGUUCUUUAGUUCAGUUCUUUGUGGAGCGAGCAUAAGAUAACUUUAAACAAAUGAGCUAGAAUGUAGAAAAGGUUACAAAGUAUGUAACAAAGUGAUGGUAGCUAGGAAAUGAGCUUUGCUGAGUUUCUUUGUAAAUAAGGACUUGGGUAAUAUGCUAGACUAUCCUUAUGACCAAAACGGAAAAGGCGAAGAGGGUAAAGGCUGUUUGCUUGUUCGGCUUGCGGAAAAAAUGCUGAUUGGAAUGCAUUCCGAUUGCUACAAAACACGUUGCUUAUUAGAGUGGUUGUCCAGCAACAAUGCAGCAGCUAGUAUCGCAUGUUAUUGCAGAUGCAGUCAUCUGUUUCUUUAGUCUAAGGAGAGUUGCUUGUAAUUCAGCACAGCAUAAUAUUUUUUCAUAUUUAAACCACCGUUAUUCAUUCAAUCAGCAUGCACCGAGAGCAACACAUGGCAAGACACAAUUUUAAGAACACUGAAUGCACACACUUAUCAAUUCCUACUGAACUUAGCGCAAUUACACCAUACGAUCAAAUCGGUUUUAGACAUGGUUUUUGCUUUCUAAAUUCGUCUAUAAGUAUUAUGCACUCGUGAUAAGAAUAUGCACAAGAUAAGAAUGAAAGUUUCCUUCGUUUAUAAAAGACGAGAUGUGGAGGGAGUUUUUUCUGAAGCAAAUGAAUUAUUCUUGUUAUCGAUUAGCUAAGCAACACCAAACCAACAAUACGUUGAGCAUCGAUUCGCGCUUGACCGUACGCUGGGCUUAAUUAACGUAAACAAGCAAAAGCACUUACGACAAACAGUCAAAUGAUUGCUUGCCCAAGAGCAUAUUUCUUUACUGUUAAUUAGCUAGAGUCAAAUUAUUUAGGCUAAACACUUAACUAACUAAUAUUGAAACACCACUUACAAUCAAAUUACGCGCGGCGGAAUGGCAAAAGAGUGGUAAGGAACGAGGAUAAGCAGCUCUGUUUGAUAACACAAAAUCUGUGUUUGUUGUCCUAAAAUUUUAUACGUUAAAGAAGACGCGACUCGUUCUCAUAUUAACAGUUGCUCGUUAGCUUAUGGAAAAUCGACUCGUACAGUAUUCGUUUAAGUUACCGUUUAACCGUGGUACCGAACGACCUUAGUUUAGGCACACCCUGCCGGUGAAAACCGCUUCACCAUCCUCCUCCACUUUCCCGCUCAUGUGAUCUCAAGCUUACCUGCUGAUGCCACCUAGGUAAGGUGAAAGGAACGUAUGAAAAAAAAACUUUAUCAAACUAGUAGCAAAAUCCAGCGUAGUUAGGCGAUUUAAACAAAUUGGCGUUUCGCAUAAACACCACACAGAGUUGAAAGCCACACGGGUGGCUUCGAGUGCGAAAGACAUUGACCAAACAGUAAAACGAAACGAACCUAUCUUCUAUUCGUCACUGUAAAGUCUUCUCUUGUUUAGACUGGUAAAAACAUCUUCAUUUGCCACUGCAAACAGGCAAACACAAAUCUGGUGAAUGAGAACUCGUAUCUCACAUAACAGUAACGCCACAACAGUACUUUCAUUUGUAAAAUCAUUGUGAUAACGAGUUAACCAUGGUUCUAUUUCCUCAUAUUUGUACUGAAACGCUGGUAGAGUAAAAAAACUGCAUAUUUGUUUUCAUAUUAAAUCAUUAUCAGUAGUUAAAUAUGUUGAUAAUUCCGAAAGGAAACAGGUUAUGGUAUUGAGGCGGUUUUGUUUUCGAUUAAAGCUAUUAAUUAGUAUUCCAGUAGCAUUAAUCAUCUUCACAAAAUGUUCUAGAUUGAACUCACCAUAAGACAACCUGGCGAAAAGCAUCGAGAAAACCAAAUUUUACACUCACAAAGAAUUCUAUGCGCAGAUAUAGUAUGUUCAAAGCGCCAAAUAGCCACAAAAUUAAUGUCAUGCAAAACGCAGUGACAAAAAGAAGAUAUAUCAAACGAUGUACAAUUAGAAAACGUUAUAAACCUUCUGCUCCAAUGCCUCGACCCCAUUCACUACAAUCACAGAUCUGGUGUUCUUGCAAUUUUUAAUUUCUCUGCAGAAUAUCAUAAAUGUUAAUGGAAAUGUCAUCAAGUCUGUAGUAAAUACAAACAACGAUUUACACAAUUCGUUCACUCUCUUCAGUCUCACCGUCAUGCGAAAGCUUUACCGUUACACAUUCUCACCGCACAUCGGUACAUUUGUCCAUCAAUAGCAUAAGUAAAGGGAAAUUAUCUUGAAAUAUUCGCCCCAUGCCGUAUGACCAAUGCGCAUUGUAAAAAAGAAACAAAAAGCCACAUCAACAAUUUAAAUUCUACCUUAGAGAAACGAACACAUAGAACGAAAUGAUCAAAAAGCGCAUUACACAAGAAUGUAAUGCUAUAACACGCUGUUGUAGCACGACCAUCAAGUGGCUCGUCAAACAACGAUUUUGCUUGCAUACAUAAGAUGGAGUAACACAACCACAUUAACUUGAUCCCACAGACAACUGGAGCGAUAGAUUGAACACGAUGGCAGGAAACGUACUUGGUUUUUCCCUCCCAUGUUUGUCGUUGUGUUAUGCGUUCGUCCGUUGAAUAUACAACUUACAUUUAUACACAGAUACGAUUACAAUAAGCAAGGGGUUUUCAAUUUUUUAACACUUUUUUGAGGUAAUAAAAUCGAACAAUGUAAGAAAAACAAUUACGAAUGACACCACA